GGAUUAUGUGGGCUGGGAAUAUUCUCCUCCCUCCUUCCCUCCAUCCCUCCCUCCCCCAGCCUGCCUGCAGAACUCCACUGAUUGGGGGGACGGGCUGUGUGUGACUUUGCUGAUGUGCUGCUUCAGACUAUAAGAGGCUUUGAAAGACGGGCUUAGGACCUAACAUGAAUACCACUGACUGACUCUCCAUCUUUAUUCUACUCUGUCUCUCCUGUUCAAUUUCUGUCUCUUUUUUUAAAAAACUUAUCUACACUCAUAAAUGUUGCCAGGCCUGCUGCGUAUCAAAUAAGGGAAUGGAGGAUGCUAUUCCUCAGCACCGCUAUGAAGCAGUAUUUCCACCCUGUGCAGCCUUGUACCAAUAAACAGGAAAACCUGAAGAGCCUUAACACAUAUUCAGCACCUUGGACAAAUGAAGGGCACACCACAAGCCUAAAAUAGAUAAUACCAGGGACGAGCCUGACACAGGCCUCACCACAGCAAAUUCACAUUAACCCAGUAUUGAUCUACACUUCAUUUCUACAUUGUGGUGGUGGUAAACAUAUCACUUCAUCACCUCAGUUCAUAGACCCCUCCCUCCACAGGACCCUCACAGUGCCCCUCAGAGGGGCAAUGCCAGUCUUGCUAAAUGCCGACGCCUCCUUCAGCUCCAAGCAGGAGCUCUUGGACCUCCAGGACUGCCCUCUCAGCGGGGAUCCCUCUCUGGACACCCCCAGCCCUGUGGAUUCCCAGACAGGCAGCCCUGUAGGUUCAGGGUCCAGAAGCCUGGGACCUGAUGUCCCUAUCCAGCCCCACAUUUUCACCGGGGCUUCAUCAGUCCCUGGGCAGAUGCAUGGGGCUGAAACAAAACCUCAUGCAGAAACUCCUUUGGGGUUGCAGUUGAUAUCCCCAGACUCGGAUCAGCUGUGUGGCUGGGGGGCUCUGACGCCCAAAGCCAUGCAAGUUUUCAACACCCCUCGUUGGGUGCUGUUCUUCCUUAGUGUGGCUGCUUUUCUCCAGGGAAUGAUAGUCAACGGCUUAAUUAAUACCGUGAUCACCUCCAUCGAGCGACGCUUCGACCUGCACAGCUACGAGAGCGGCCUCAUCGUCAGCAGCUACGACAUCGCCUCCUGCAUCUGCCUGGUCUUCGUCAGCUACUUUGGGGGGACAGGGCACAAGCCUCGCUGGCUGGGAUGGGGGGUGCUCAUCAUGGCAUUAGGUUCUCUGGUGUUUGCCUUGCCUCACUUCACUUCACCGCCCUACCAAGUCAGCCUACCUGAGCAAACAGGAAUGUGCUCAGCAAACCGUACCAGCCCAUGCCAGGACAAGGAGGGAGGAGGGCUGUCCAGCUAUCGCUUCGUGUUCAUGCUGGGCCAGUUCCUGCAUGGGAUUGGUGCUACGCCUCUCUACACGUUAGGGGUCACAUACCUGGAUGAGAACGUCAACUCCAACUAUGCACCUGUUUACGUCGGAGUCUUCUACACAGCAGCCGUUGUGGGUCCAGCAGCAGGCUACCUGCUGGGAGGAUACUUCCUCAACACCUUUACUGAGAUCCACCUGACGACAGAGAUAACUCCAGAGGACCCAAACUGGAUUGGGGCUUGGUGGAUCGGCUUCCUAGUAGGAGGAGCAGCAGCUCUGCUGAUAUCGUUCCCCAUCCUGGGCUACCCACGACAGCUACCAGGAUCUCAGGAAUACGCCUCCAUGCGGGUGUCUGAAGCCCACCAGCUGAAGGAUGGAAGUCACACAACAGCCUCAGACCCUCAGUUUGGCAAAUCAGUCAAAGACAUGCCCAGAUCUGUGCUGCUUCUUUUAAAGAAUCCUACAUUCGUGUUCCUUUGCUUGGCUGGGGCUACAGAGGCCACCCUCGUCGCAGGAGUGUCCACCUUUGGGCCAAAGUUCUUGGAGUCACAGUUCAGUCUUAGUGCAUCAGGGGCCGCCACAUUGUUUGGAUACAUAGUGGUACCAGCGGGAGGCGGGGGCACCUUGUUGGGAGGCUACAUAGUGAAGAGGUUUAACCUGCGCUGUCGAGGCAUCAUCCGUUUCUGCAUGAUAUGCGCAAUGGUCGGUCUGGCCGCCAUCUUCAUCUUUCUCAUCCAUUGCCCCAACGUACCCAUGGCUGGUGUCACGGCUCCUUAUCAGUCUGGUCUGAUGGGGAAACAGCAGCUGGAACAGUACAAACACCUGUAUGACAAACCCAGCAAGCUGCAGUCUGGAAACAGCUUCUCUUUGGACCUGAACCUCACAGUGGGCUGUAAUGCUAACUGUAGUUGUGUCAGAGAGCUGUACAACCCUGUGUGUGGGGCAGAUGACAUGAUGUAUUACUCUCCCUGCCAUGCAGGCUGCACCUCCAUCAACCACACUGAUGUCUCCACAGGCAAACAGGUGUACUCUGGAUGUAGCUGUGUGGUGGGUAAUGUGUCCUGGGGGGAGGAGGGCUUCGCUCUGGCAGGAAAAUGUGGCAACUCCUGCUACCACUUGCCAGUCUUCCUCACAGUGUUUUUCAUCGCCAUCUCCUUCACUUUCCUCUCUAGCAUCCCAGCACUCACUGCCACACUCCGGUGUGUUCCAGACAGCCAGAGAUCCUUUGCACUUGGUAUUCAGUGGGUUGUGGUGCGCACACUUGGUGCUAUUCCUGGACCCAUAGCAUUUGGCUCAAUGAUUGACAUCUCCUGCUUGCUGUGGCAGGAUCAGUGUGGUGAGCAGGGCUCCUGCUACCUCUACCAGAACUCAACCAUGAGCCAGUACAUUCUAGUAGCUGGAAUCAUCUAUAAGGCUUUGGGGACAAUCUUUUACCUGGCAGCCAGCAUCUUGUACCAGCCUCCUCCCGAGUCACCGCAAAGCAGCUGUGAGAGCACCGACCAUGGGACGGGAAACUUGAGCGACCUGCCCAUCAAAGACCUACCUGAGGAUGGCGUUAUCGUCAACCUGCACGCCCGGUUAUGAUGUCCGGCGCCCGCUAACCAGUGAGGCUGUCUGAUUGUGUGUUUGUGUAUGUGCCAGAAUGCCUUCAUGCACACAACUAAUUUUUAAAAGCACAUGAUGACAUGCUGCUGUCCUGGAAGAAAACCCUGCAUAGUCCGCAUGUGUGUGACAGUGCCAAGCCACAGAGGUUUUUAUCUACUAAGAAGCAUUUCUACAGAUGUCUCAGAACUAAUCAGUUCAAAUUACUUUGUAGAAUGUGAGCCUGAUUGCAUUUGUGCUUCAUAUUUUCAUAUUAGUGUCAGAUGUUCUCUUCAAAAGCAUUUAUGAUGUGGGGGAAAAAAGCGUUUACAUCCACCGUCUUCUUUUUCUGUUCUUUCCUCUGUACCGCCAAAUAGAUUCACUGCUUUAUUAUCUACCAUAAACACAGCCAUUGUCGAAUACACUGUAAAAGAACUCUAGGUCAGUAAACAUAAAGACAAAUCAUCUUCAUAUCAUACGUCCAACAAAGAGCACUGAAAGACACUUACAGUUGCUUCAGAAGGUAUUCAGACCCCUACACAUAUUGCACUCUUUAUAGUUAAAUGGAUACAAUUGCUGUUUUUGCCCUUCACUUUACACUCAAUAAUCUGAACUGACAAUUUAAAUCAAGUCUAAAACGUACCUAACUUCUUGGGUAAGUUUCCACAAAGAUACCUGGGUUUGGACAGUUGAUCCUGAAAGAUAUUUUGUGUCAUAAGACUGGAAGGAAAGCGACUGUCAUAAACUUCUGAUUCCUUGUCUUGAAGCUACCGCUGAGCUAUCAUGGCUGUUUGCUUUGGUUCACUGUAAUGCUGAACUGUGAACUGCUGCCUCAGUCUGAGAUAUUUGUGUUUGUCUGUAUCCAUUCUUCCCUCAGUCCUGACUGGUUUCCCCUGUUAUAGCACACAUUCAGUGGGAUGUAUCUGAGCAUUAGGGGUAGCACUGCUUUCCAACAUUAGAUGCUUUACAACUGUGCAAACAUUGGAUGCACCUAACUGCACGGAUAUUUCACUUGUGGACUUUGUGUUCCUAGAUUUCAAACUCUUUUAAAAAAAUUUCUAUUACAACAACAGUUCACCGAAUAAAUUGUUUCUGAAUGCAUGAGAUGAAAAAUAAGCUGUGCAGUCAGUAAAUCUGUCUUUUACUUUUAAUUGCAGUUUGUUCAAAAGUUUUUUGAGACUUUGCAGAGGCAUAGAGAGGCAGCUGAACACUCCUGAUGUAGAAGUAAAUGAGAUUCCCCAUCUCUCCAGAUGCAUCUUGGCGUAUCCAGAACACAUUGCAUGGCUGCUUACAUAGACAAUAAGAGUAGAAAAUAUGGAUCCUUUGGACACAUACCAUUAUUCUGAACACCUUCUGUUUAGCUGCUCUACCUAAAAGGACUGAAGUUAGAAGGUGCUGCUAAGAUGGUCAUCCUUUGAGCAGGUUCUCCAUCUCCACAUAGGACUUCUUAGGCUUUAUCACAGAAGAAUUCCUUAGACUUCAUGGCUUGGUCCUUACAUUCUGUCUGAACUGUGGGACUAUGGAUACAGAAGUCUCUCUCUGUCUGACAGUUCACUGUCCAAUGAGUUCAGUUUGCCACAGAUAGACUCCAGUCUAACUUUGAAACUCAUCUGAAGCAUGAUUAAAGCAAACUACAUGCAGUGGGCUACAGUUUGGAGAGCUACUGCGAAUGUUCUGAAUACUUUGUGAAGCAAAAGUGAAAUGAAUGAAUAUAAUGUGAACUAAAACUAUUAACCACAGUACAGCAGCACAAAUAUAUUUUCAGUUAGAAAAGCACAUGUAUAUAAGAGAUUGAAUUUAAAAGCAUUAAUGCAGGGAUGGAGAACAUCACAUUACUUUUGUGAUCUACAUGAAAUAGAUCUAUAUAUAGAUUGCUCUGCUGACCAAUUUGGUAUUAAAAACUGCUACUCUUGCGACAGAAGGUGUGAUGCAACUUUUCCAUAGAAAUUGAAUAGCUGCACUUUAAAAAUUAAAUAAAGUCUUUGCAAAGUAUGUGCUGACACAAAACAGGCAUUUAAAGGUGGAGUAAGUCAUUCUGAAAAACAAAUCCAUCCAGCACUGGAUAUUUUUCAGUGCACACAGCAUGAAGAGAUAUUCACUGAAUAUGACAGAAAGUGUGUUGCAUUUGAACCUGCAUUUAAAAUUGUAAAAUGCACCUUAUAAUGUGUUGUUUUCUGUGGAACUGCUGCAAAAAAUAUGUGUAAAUUUCAAUGCGUCCAGUUCAGCUAUGGUCAACUUUACAUGUGAAUUUGGACCUUGACCAACAGAUCUUUUCCACAGAGGACAUGUUGACUUGUCACAGCAGCAAAUUCACAGGUUUCUCAUUAGCAAUGUCUCAGUGAUGCUAAGUGUCCUGGUAAAUCAUGACAUGAAGCCACACUGUGUACUAAUGUGAUCCUAGAACUGAUUGACCUGAAUGGAAUGCAGUUGUUUUAAAUGCUGUGCUUUUCCUGCUCUGACCGGCCAGAAUGUCUGGUCUAAAAAGGUCUGUUCAAGCUGUGUCUCCAGUGUUGACCACUGAAUGAACGGAGAAAGUCACACAUGGAGGAACCUUUUCAAGCUUAUUAGCUGUGUCGAAGUUUUUAUCAGGCAAUGAAGUGAAAGCUAAAUUUUCAGAUACUGUGCCUAAAGAAAGGAAAUCUCAUUAGCUAUGACAUUCAGAAAAGCAUUUGAAUCAAAGUCUAGCUUACAAGUCCAACUUUUCUAAAGAGAAUGUAAGAUUUAUG